UUUUUCUCUUUUUAUUUCCCAUGUCCAAACACUUUAAACCUGUGAUCCCUUUCUGGAGUUCCGAAAGUAAAUUCCCACCUUUUCCAAGAUUCAAUAAACUGAACGUUACUCUUAUGAAAAACCCCAAAGCACCUGUCCUUGUAACGAAACCUGACGUUCCGUUCAAACCAAAACGCGACCAUACUAAUGUCGCAAAACGCCAUAUCGCCAGCCCACAAACGCAUGUAAGAAAGCCCAUUAACCAACAAACUACUAGCAGUCAAAAACCCUCUGCUAGUCGACAACCUAUUGUCAGUCAACAACCAACUGUUAAGCAAAACCCCUCUUACAAGCAACCACCCUCUUCCAAGCUACCACCCUCUCCCAUUCAGCAACCAUUCUCUCCCAUUCAACAACCAUUCUCUCCCAUUCAGCAACCAUUCUCUCCCAUUCAGCAGACUACGUCCAUUGAACAACCUUCCUCCUUUGAAGAACCCUCUUCCAUUGAACAACCUUCCCCGUCAAUGACCUUUGAUCAGGCGCAAGAUCUUGCCAAGGAAGACAUGUCCACCUUCCAACCAACGAAACUCAUAGAAAAGCUAUGGGAUAAGCGAGUAUUAGCUGUAGAAAUGAUGCAGCUUUUCUCAAAUUCACCAGAAAUCUGUGACUCUGGCGAAGACAGUGCUCUCCAAUUUAAAAAGAAAAUUGAAGAUAUUGACGCUGCCAUUGCUACCAUCAGUGCCGUCUCAGAAUCCCUAAAGAAACCAGCUAAAAUACCAAAUUACAAGAUACCUAAAUGCUUUUUUGUGGGUCAAUAUAACACUCAGUUCAAGACAGAGAGAUGGUACGAAGAUAUCCUGGGUUUUAUAGAAGCAUUUGAACAGGCCUUGGCGGAUCAAGAUAUUGAAUUAGUGUGGAGAGAGUAUAUUCCCGUAUCCUUUUCCAAGGAUCUGAAGCCCUGGGUUGAAUCUGAUAUCUUGACAUGUGAAUCGUGGUGUGACGCUAAAAGAAAGUUAUAUCGCAAAUUUAUGUCUGCUGCAAAGCGUUUAGAGUUUUCUGAAGCUUUGAUGAACUGUAGCAUUGAAAAAGGUGAAGUCAUUGACGCCUAUACCGAUCGAUUUAUGCAAGCAGCAAAAAUGGCCGGAUAUGAAAAAGAGGAUAAGCUGUUGGGCCAAUUAUUCUUUCACGGAUUACCUGUUACAUGGAGAUCAAGAGUGCAUCAAUACCUGCUUCUUAGUAUGGGUUUAAGUAAAUGGACAGUGGAAAACGUUUAUGAUGCGGUGAGAUGUGUCUAUGGACGUGCUCCCUACAGCGCUUUAAAAUUGGACAAAGUCAAGUCAACAAAACGUAAAUUCGACGAGCCUGCAGGUCCAAAUCCCAACCAAAAACCUUCACAAAGAAAGAAACUCGGUAAAAAAACCAAAUUAACUGUCUAAACCUCUUCUAUUUUGCAUAAAUAAAACUCCAUUUUUAAUAAAAGAA